CCUAACCUUCCAAAUGUGUUCCUCUUUGGUGGCUAGGGGAAACGAGGGUCAGGAUGGAUCAGCACCUGCGACCGCUUCGGCACCUGAAACAACGUCGAUGGCUCGGCCAAUGACGAUGUCGAGACCUGUGCUCAAGCGAGGGACACCAACUAUUACGAUACAGACGCGAAAGGAAAGGAAGAUCUCGCAAUCGCAACCAACGCUAGGGGAGAGUUCAAAGGGACCUCAGGAGAAGGAACCUAUUAUGAUAGAGGAAGGGGAUGAUGAGGAGGAGGAUGAAAGAUUGCGUGCAGAGGAUGAACUGCUAACAAAGCAGAGAGCUAUGGAGAGGGAUUCGGAAACGGGGAAGGCUAAGGUCGAGGAAGAGGAACCUCGCAAGAAGAAGAAUGUAUACACAAUCCCGGUGGAAAAAAUGAUUGAUUUUGAACAACUUGUGGAUCGCAUUCUGGAAAGUCAACGCGACUUGGUUACCCUGAAGGAGAUCCUUGCUGUUUCGUCAAAGCUUCUCGAGGAAUUUAAGCAGCGCAUGAGUCGAAAGAAAGUCAUGACAUUUAAGCUAAGUGAGAUCAUUCCUCCGGAAGAAAAGGAGGUGUAUUAUAAGGAAGACUGUGAGUGGAUCAGAACGUUGAAGGAGAAGGGUGAGAAAGGGCCGUGUCGGCUGACAGAUGGCAGGGUCAAGGAGAUGAUCAUCGGAGAGUAUGACCUCCUCACUAAGGAGGAAACCCAAUUUUUUAUCGACGUUAUGAAGAAGAUUCAUCUAGCUUAUGUCUUUGAUGAUGAUGAGCGUGGAAGGUUGGACAUCGAUAUGAUUCCGAUGACCCGGAUCCAUACGGUGCCGCAUCAGCCAUGGAAUGUGAAGGGUCUACAAUAUCCUAAUCCGGAUGAUCACCGGAAGGUGGUUAAUUAUCUUGAUGGUAAGGUUUGGACCAAAGUGGUUGACUAUUCAUACGGGUCAUAUGCAUCUCCUUGGUUCUACUUUAUCAAGCAGAACGGUAUUUUGCGAUGGGUUCAGGACCUGCAGAAGUUGAAUUCUGUGACAGUCCGAGAUGCAGGCGGACUUCCAAACGCCGACCAACUCUCGGAAUCUUGUGCAGGCAGGCCCAUCAUCACCCUGAUUGAUUUGUAUUCAAGGUACGAUCAGUAUCCGCUGUACACAACGGAUCGACCUAUGACGGCGAUGCAUACGCCUCGGGGACUGCUUCAUAUGUGCGCGGCUCCACAGGGUUGGACAAAUGUCGUGACAAUUGUGCAGAGAUAUAUGAUGAGAGUCAUGCAGCCGCUUUGUCCGGACGUGACCUCUCCAUAUAUCGAUGAUUUGGCCAUCCGAGUACCUCGAGUCAAGGAUGAGACUGAAGUGUUACCUGGCGUUCGAAAGUUCGUGUGGAAACACGUCAGAAAUGUGGAAAAGGUUAUGAGAAAACUGAAGGAAUAUAACCUCACUGCUAGUGGGGUUAAAUCAACGCAUGGUCGUCCUUUCAUCAUCGAGAGUGGUGCAGGCCCUACCACUUUGGGAGGAGUCUUGAUUCAAAAGGAUGGGGAAGGACGAGAGCGACCAUUGGGAUUCGAAAAUAGAACUCUGAAUAUUGCUGAGCGGAACUACUCCCAGUUCAAGAAGGAAACUCUCGCUGUGCUUCAGUGUCUGCGUAUUUUCAGGAAUCAUGUAUUUGGCAGGCGGUUCAUUCUACGAGUCGAUCCUACGGCUCUAGCUCAAUUGUUGAAGAACUAUUCUCCUUCCGAUCCAACCAUUUCUCGAUGGCUGACAUACAUUUGGAUGUUCAAUUUUGAAAUUGAACGUAUUUCAGACACUCAGAAUCUCGCAGAUGGGUUGAGUCGCGUUGAUUGGGACUCGUCGACGGAUGAGGCGAAGGAUUCAAUCCAUGUGGAUGGGUUCUUGGAGGUAGAAGAGUCGCAAUUAAGUAUCAACGCGUAUACUUACUUAGCGGAUGCAGUUGCUCGACAUGGGAAAACUAUUUGGAAUGCUCCUAGCUUUCAUCAUGUGCGGCCUGAGCUAGUGAUGGGAGAACCAUUCAUUGAGGAGGAUCCAUGGGGUGAAAGGACAUCAGAGCAAAUGAUGAGCUUGGCUUUAUCUGAUGAAGUCGAGUUUAUCAAAGAACCGCUGACGAUUGAGUAUGGGCACGAGCAAGCCGAUAAGACUUUCAAGAUCAUUGGGGAAAUGUCAUUCCUUGUAGAUUCUCUAAUUCACGAGGACCGCCUGAUGAAUGAAGAAGCAGAAGGCAGUCAGAUUAGGGAAGCUUUUAGGGAAUGAGAGUAUGAUGAGGAGUAUAGAUUGAUGGGCAUGUGGUUCAAUGGUGAGUUGAAGGAGGAUGAGAUCGAUUCUUUGCAUGGGGUCG